AUGCUGUCUCCUGAAGGACAAAGAGGGAGGGAUCUCCUUCUCUUCAUUCCUCUGCAGUCAACUCCUUCUCCCUCCCACAUAGCUAGCUCUCAGCUCUGUAAGAAGAAUCCAGACAGAGAAAGCAGCUGUCACCCUCUGUGCACUUCUUAUCUGAUCUCCAUCCAAGCUGGGAAUCAGGAUCAGCUACAGAUACAAAGUAAGUAAGUAGUCACAAAGUAAGUAACUAGUCACAGAUACAAAGUAAGUAACUAGUCACAGAUACAAAGUAAGUAACUAGUCACAGAUACAAAGUAAGUAAUCAGCCACAGAUACAAAGUAAGCAAUCAGUCACAGAUACAAAGUAAGUAACUAGUCACAGAUACAAAGUAAGUAACUAGUCACAGAUACAAAGUAAGUAAUCAGCCACAGAUACAAAGUAAGCAAUCAGUCACAGAUACAAAGUAAGUAACUAGUCACAGAUACAAAGUAAGCAAUCAGUCACAGAUACAAAGUAAGUAAUCAGUCACAGAUACAAAGUAAGCAAUCAGUCACAGAUACAAAGUAAGUAACUAGUCACAGAUACAAAGUAAGUAAUCAGUCACAGAUACAAAGUAAGCAAUCAGUCACAGAUACAAAGUAAGUAACUAGUCACAGAUACAAAGUAAGCAAUCAGUCACAGAUACAAAGUAAGCAAUCAGUCACAGAUACAAAGUAAGUAACUAGUCACAGAUACAAAGUAAGCAAUCAGUCACAGAUACAAAGUAAGUAACUAGUCACAGAUACAAAGUAAGUCAUCAGUCACAGAUACAAAGUAAGCAAUCAGUCACAGAUACAAAGUAAGCAAUCAGUCACAGAUACAAAGUAAGCAAUCAGUCACAGAUACAAAGUAAGUAACUAGUCACAGAUACAAAGUAAGUAAUCAGUCACAGAUACAAAGUAAGUAACUAGUCACAGAUACAAAGUAAGUCAUCAGUCACAGAUACAAAGUAAGCAAUCAGUCACAGAUACAAAGUAAGUAAUCAGUCACAGAUACAAAGUAAGCAAUCAGUCACAGAUACAAAGUAAGUAACUAGUCACAGAUACAAAGUAAGUAAUCAGUCACAGAUACAAAGUAAGUAACUAGUCACAGAUACAAAGUAAGUAAUCAGUCACAGAUACAAAGUAAGUAACUAGUCACAGAUACAAAGUAAGCAAUCAGUCACAGAUACAAAGUAAGUAAUCAGCCUGAGAUAUAAAGUUAGUGGGGUCUGGCUAUACUAGAAGCCACACAGGAGUCUAUUUUAUGCAUCAAAGAGAUUCAAACAAAGCUAGGGCUGUUCUUUUAACUGGAUCACCAUCCAAAAACAACACAUGGGGUGUAACCCUUUACCCCUGCACCCAUGUACCCCUGUAGCCCUGCACCCAUGUACCCUUGGACCCCUGUACCCGUGCACCCAUGUACCCCUGUGACCAUGUACCCCUGUACCCCUUCACCCAUGUACCUCUGUACCCCUUCACCGAUGUACCCCUGCAUCUCUUUACCUCUGUAACCAUGCACCCCUGUAGCCCUGUGGGAAGGUUUUAUUUACAGAUGUAAAAAAGUUGCUGGAAGGACUUCGGUCACUGAUUGGAAUUGUGUAUCUUUCUAUAACAAUAACUAUGGAAGGUGAAUCCACGAGACAUCCAAUUCCUGCCGUUUAACUCUGUGAGACUGAGCAGUAUUGGGGGGUCGUUCCUGAACUUUAUUUACACAUAGGAGGCCAAUGCAUUGUCUUGCAGCUAUUAACAAAGCAGGACAUACAAAACAUUCUAAAUUAAACCAACUGUGCAAUAAAUGAAGUGUAAACAUUAUAUCUCUUUUUACAGGAAUUAUUUAGGAAGGCUGUGUAAUCACAUGCAUGGAGGUGUGACUAGGGUUGCAUAAACAAAGUGAUUUAACUUCUAAUUGGCACAGAAUUGAGUGGUGAGACUGCAGGGGCAUGAUCUAUACACCAAAACUACUUCACUAAGACAACUUUGUUUUUUGGUGACUAUAGUGUGAUUUUUAAAGGGAAACUGACUCUUCUCUGAGUUUCAACUCCACUUAUCCUUUGAUUUAACACAUAUGUAUUUGGUGUGAAAAAUAAAACUUCCUCAAGUUUAGUUGCAAUAAAAAAUAAAAAAUCUACAAAAGUAAGGGCAUAGCCAGGAAUGGGUAAGAUGCAUGUGUGUAAAUGCUGCUUAUGGGAUUCAUUGUGUGUGUGUGUGUGUGUGUGUGUGUGUAGAGGGAACUGUUGCAGUUUAUUGUAGUGUGUGUGUGUGUGUGUAAAUAGGUCUGUUUGUGGCAUUGUAUUUGUGGGUAAUGCAUUUUAUAGGGGCUGUAAUGUGUGUAUAGGGGUGUUAUCUAUGUGUGUAUGGGUGAGGUAUGCAGUGUGUGUAUAGGGGAUAUAAUGCAUUUUAUAGGGGCUGUAAUGUGUGUAUAGGGGAUGGUAUAUGUGUGUGUGGGUAAGGUAUGCAGUGUAUGUCUAGGGUAUAUAAUGCAUCUCAUAGGGGAUGGUAUCUGUGUGUGUAUGGGUAAGGUAUGCAGUGUGUGUAUAGAGGAUAUAAUGUAUUUUAUAGGGGCUGUAAUGUGUGUAUAGGGGAUAUAACGUACUUUAUAAGGCUGUAAUGUGUGUAUAGGGGAUGGUAUAUAUGUGUGUGGGGGGGGGUAAGGUAUGCAGUGUGUGUAUAGGGGGAUGUAAUGUGUGUAUGAGAAAGGUAUGCAGUGUGUGUAUAGAGGAUAUAAUGUAGUUUAUAGGGGCUGUAAUGUAUGUAUAGGGGAUGGUAUCUGUCUAUAUGAGUAAGGUAUGCAGUGUGUGUAUAGGGGAUAUAAUGUAGUUUAUAAGGCUGUAAUGUAUGUAUAGGGGAUGGUAUCUGUGUGUAUGGGUAAGGUAUGCAGUUUGUGUAUAGGGGAUAUAAUGUGUGUAUGAGUAAAGUAUGCAGUGUGUGUAUGGGGGAUAUAAUGUAGUUUAGAAGGCUAUAAUAUGUGUAUAGGGGAUGGUAUCUGUGUAUAUGAGUAAGGUAUGCAGUGUGUGUAUAGGGGAUAUAAUGUAGUUUAUAAGGCUGUAAUGUGUGUAUAGGGGAUGGUAUCUGUGUGUAUGGGUAAGGUAAUGUAUGCAGUGUCUGUAUAGGAGACAUAAUGUAGUUUAUAAGGCUGUAAUGUGUGUAUAGGGGAUGAUAUCUGUGUGUGUGUGUAUGGGUAAGGUAUGCAGUGUGUGUAUAGGGGAUAUAAUAUAUUUUAUAGGGCUAUAAUGUGUGUAUAGGGGAUGGUAUCUGUGUGUGUUUAGGGGAUAUAAUGUAGUUUAUAAGGCUGUAAUGUAUGUAUAGGGGAUGGUAUCUGUGUAUAUGAGUAAGGUAUGCAGUGUGUGUAUAGGGGAUAUAAUGUAGUUUACAAGGCUAUAAUGUGUGUACAGGGGAUGGUAUCCAUGUGUGUAGAGGGGAUAUAAUGUGUGUAUGGGUAAGGUAAGGUAUGCCGUGUGUGUAUAGGAGACAUAAUGUAGUUUAUAAGGCUGUACUGUGUGUAUAGGGGAUGGUAUCUGUGUGUGUGUGUGGGUAAGGUAUGCAGUGUGUGUAUAGGGGAUAUGAUGUAUUUUAUAGUGCUAUAAUGUGUGUAUAGGGGAUGGUAUCUGUGUGUGUAUAGGGGAUAUAAUGUACUUUAUAAGGCUGUAAUGUGUGACUAUGGGAUGGUAUCUGUGUGUAUGGGUAAGGUAAGGUAUGCCAUGUGUGUACAGGAGGCAUAAUGUAGUUUAUAAGGCUGUAAUGAGUGUAUAGGGGAUGGUAUCUGUGUGUGUGUGUGUGUGUGUGUAUGGGUAAGGUAUGCAGUGUGUGUAUAGGGGAUUGUAACGAACGCUGGUAUAUCCUAUACCUGUUCGUCUGUUUCCUCCCGAACUGCCAGAGCAUGAGUGAUUAUAACCGCAGUUCGGGAAUUGAAGUGAACGAUUCUCCAUACGAAAUAACAGCUUCCCAAGUAGAUUCUCCCAGUAAAGCAGACAGGUACCCAAACAUCAGCCGAAACUAGAUGAAGGGUGUAACAGAACUGAAUUUUAAUGGGUGCCACACUGGCUUUUAUGCAAGUCCCCAUGCAAGGGGACCCCCCACGUGGACCUUGUGGGGCAUAGGAACACAGCCAAUAAUAAUGCAGGGGAAAACUGUGACACUCCCAGUAUAAACAUACACCUAUCUGCCUGGAGAUAAUUGGGUCAGAUAACGUAAUAACUCAAUUAUCUCCAAGCACAAAGAUUACAAUUUCCCCAAAACGUGAAAUGUACCCACAAAUGUCAUAUUCCCACAAAUGACCAACAUAUCCAAAAAUCUCCCAGAUCAGUUCAGGGGUUUUCAAAUUCUAUGGAAGUCUUAGGUGACCAGCCGCACACGAGGCUCCUGCCCAAAACAGUUCCAUAAGUUUUAGUGGUUUGGCCGGUCUAUUUCGUGAAGUCUGAAAAACAAAUAAAUGCACGAACUGCUCCCCCUGGCUUAUAGAAGCAAUUGUUCCCCUAGUUCAGGGGUAGGCAACCUUUAAGCAACACUGUGCUGAAAUAAGAUUGUGAUGUCCCAAAACUUGCCGGUCCUAUUUUUUUUUAAAUUUAAGUGUGUAUGUUGCCGUAUUCUGCCUGUGUUAUAUAUACAGCAGUUGCUUUGUAUCAUUGUAGUUGUGCGUAUUAUAUUGUAUAUGUUCAGGAGCAGUUGGUGGUGUUAUGUAUGAUACAUAUGAAUGUGGGCUGUGUAUGGGGGCAGCUUGUGGAAUUGUGUGUGUGGAUGGAUAUGUCACAUUGUGUGUUUGGUAGUGUGUGUAUGUGGGGGGGCUGUUUGGGGUAUUGCAUGUGAGAGGUUGCAUGUGGGGUUGUGUGCAUGUAUGUGGUGUUAAUGGUGUUGUGUUUGUGCGGACUGUAUGUGUGUUUGUGUGUGGGCUGUUUGUAUUUUUUGUAUGAGGGGAAGGUUAUCCUGCAGGUCUGUGUAUAUCUAGCAGUGUGGGUGGCUUCCCUGGGUUCCAGUGGAGACCAGGCUGGCCAGGUACAGGUCAGAGACAGGAGCUGCUCUACUACAGUGUGGAUUCCCAUUCACAAGUGCUGGGAGGAAGUGAUCUCCGAUAACUUCCUCUACGUGCUGCAAUGCAUAAAUUGAGGAUUGUCCUUCACUAUCUUUUCAUAUUAGCAGAUAUAUGAAGUUUCACUGGGACUCCUGAUAGGCCAGAGCCUGUUUAGCUCUAGCAGUCUUAAGUGCCAUGCAAAGACACCUCGUGUGCCAUGCAUGGCACAUGUGCCAUAGGUUCCCUACCGCUGCCCUAGUUAGUGGUAACAAAACUACCGAACAGCGCUUUCCUAGCUGUUCGGGAAAAGGAAGCAGGCGUUCGUACAGUAUGGACCGUUGUUCGUGAAGUUGAGUGUCUGAUUUUAGUUCUAGACACUCGAUGACCAAGUCCUACUGCCUCCUUUCGUGCGAACAAGAUGGCCGCUGUUUUCUCAUAUACGUGGCGUUCGACUAUACGAUCGGCGGCCACACAGGGAGGGUGCUUAAACGACUGUUCUCUUUGAAGUUAAACAGCCAGGAGGGUGGUCGGUGUUCGGUAGUUACAGCUACCGAAUGGAACAAAGUAAAAUAAACAAAAUAUCAUGGUGAUUUCUUCACAGGGAUUUAAUGUAUUUUAUAGGGGUAUAAUCUUGAUCGAUUGCAAUAUCUGGCCAUUUCUGACAGCGCCUUUCUCCCUCUUCCAAUUACGUGUGAUGUUCCUCAAGGCUUCAUACUUGGCCCCCUACUAUUAACAGUAUUCAUAAAUGAUCUGCCUAUCAUCUGCAAAGCCUCAACUGUACAGGUGUACGUGGACGGCACAGUAAUCUACGCUAGUAAACCCAAGCUAUCGCAGCUUGAGGCUGUGCUCCAACACCAGUUCAAAGAGGUAGAAUAGAACUACAUUAUAUCUCCUAUACACACACUGCAUACCUUACUCAUAUACACAGAUACCAUCCCCUAUACAUACAUUAUAGCCUUCUAAACUACAUUAUAUCCCCUAUACACACACAGAGACCAUUACAUUCUACUGUAAAAUCUUGAUCGAUUGCAAUAUCUGGCCAUUUCUGACAGCGCCUUUCUCCCUCUUCCAAUUACGUGUGAUGUUCCUCAAGGCUUCAUACUUGGCCCCCUACUAUUAACAGUAUUCAUAAAUGAUCUGCCUAUCAUCUGCAAAGCCUCAACUGUACAGGUGUACGUGGACGGCACAGUAAUCUACGCUAGUAAACCCAAGCUACCGCAGCUUGAGGCUGUGCUCCAACACCAGUUCACAGAGGUAGAAUAGAACUACAUUAUAUCUCCUAUACACACACUGCAUACCUUACUCAUAUACACAGAUACCAUCCCCUAUACAUACAUUAUAGCCUUCUAAACUACAUUAUAUCCCCUAUACACACACAGAGACCAUCUCCUAUGAGGGGAUUUUACAGUAGAAUGUAAUGGUCCGCAGUGUCAAAGCCUUGGCAAGAUCAAGGAAAAUAGCUCCAGUUAAGUCUCCUUGUUCCAUGCCAAUUUGGAUGUCAUUGCAAAUCUUUAAAGGACCACUCUAGGCACCCAGACCACUUCAGCUUAAUGAAGUGGUCUGGGUGCCUGGUCCAGCUAGGGUUAACCCAUUUUUUAAUAAACAUAGCAUUUUUUAAUAAACUGCUAUGUUUAUUAAUGGGUUAAGCCUUCCCCCUAUUCCCUCUAGUGGCUGUCUCAUUGACAGCCACUAGAGGCGCUUGCGUGCUUCUCACUGUGAUUUUCACAGUGAGAGCACGCCAGCGUCCAUAGGAAAGCAUUGUAAAUGCUUUCCUAUGAGACCGGCUGAAUGCGCGCGCAGCUCUUGACGCGCGUGCGCAUUCAGCCGGCGGGGCGGAACAGAGGAGGAGAGAAGGAGGAGAGCUCUCUGCCCAGCGCUGGAAAAAGGUAAGUUUAAACCCCUUUCCCCUUUCCAGAGCCGGGCAGGAGGGGGACCCUGAGGGUGGGGGCACCCUCAGGGCACUAUAGUGCCAGGAAAACGAGUAUGUUUUCCUGGCACUAUAGUGGUCCUUUAAGAGGCAGUCGUAGUUGAGUGAUUUGGGUCAGAUAAUUUGAUUGUUGAUAAUAUUCACAUAGUUGCAUGAAAUGCAUUUUUCCAAGAUUUUUUGUAAUACAGGAACAAUGAUAUCGGGCCACAGAUAGAUAAAGUAUUGUAACCACUUAUAUGGAUAGGCACUACUCUCGCAGCCUUCCAAAGUUUGGGUAUGUAUCCAGGCACCAUGAUUCAUUGAUAAUGGUAGUGACAGAUUGAGCAAUUACCGGCGCACUGAGCUUCAGCAACAUUGCUGGGAUUUGAUCUGGUCCACACUGGGUUUUCAUUUUUAAAUUAUUUAGGUGUUUAUGAACGACACGAACAGGGACAGGUCUAAAACUGAAUUUCUCCACAUGAGGUCUUUGCAAAUUUAGUGGGGCCUCAUCUGCAUUUGUAAUUUCAGAUUGACUGUCAUUCGUUAGCCUGGCUAUCAGGGUGGUAAUUAUUAAAUGCAAAAGAAUAAUAAGCGCUCUCUUCUCAGGGGUGAGCUGCAGUUCACCAACAAGGUGUUCCUCUACCUUGUGAUAAAUGGACAGAUAAAAUAGAAAGGUGAACAGCGCUAAAAAUCAGAAAAUGUACAUACGUUUUGUAGAAAUACUGGCCAGCAGAGUAGCUUAAAAAAAAGAGAAACCAAAAUACAAAUAAUGGUACAGUAUGUAUGAACGAUAUAAUUCCACAAGAACAAAGGUGUUAUAUUCACACUCACACUUUGAGGAGCUAUAUCAGCUCGGUGUUAAGAGCCUGGACGGAAUAAUCCCCGUCUAUGGAUUUCUUGAGGUUCAAGACCGUUGAUGAAUUUAUAGGUGUAAAUAUUAGUUAUAUGAAAAACAAGAGUAAAAUACACCACAUGGUAUAGUACGUAAAUAUAAAAUAUUGGAAAAAAAAAAAAGUGGAUGAUCCUACUUACAUAUACUAGAGCAACGACCUGCUCUAGUUUGGAGAAUUUCAGGUGGAAUAAUCCCCACCUUGGGAUAUAGUGGACCCAGGUAUAGCAGCAAAGCAGUAUUGGAUAGGAAGGAGGACAAAAGGAAUGACUGGAUAGUUUAAAAAAUAUAUAUAUACUUUAAUACAAUAAGUGAAAAGUGAAUAAUAAACUAUAAAACCAGUCCUGUAUAAAAGUCCAAAAUUCUUCCUCACUUGACGCGUUUCGCCGAAGCUUUCUCAAAAGUGGUAAUUAUUAAAUGCAUUAGGCACAUCUAGGGGCCGUUGCAGAGUUUUGGUUGUAUAUUUUACAGUGGGGGUUGGGAGUGGAUUUUGGGGGUUUGUAUGUUACUGUGAUUUUCGAAACGUUUCUUGGGUUUAUUAUUUUAUUGUUCAAAUUUUCAUUAAAAGUUUGGGCUUUUGCCAUUUGUGUUUUUGUGUGCAUUUCGCCAUUGUUUGUAAGUGCAGUUAUCGUUCAUGGAGCCAGUACGCUUGAACUUUGAUCACAGUGAGUCUCUACACUGGUGCAUUUGAAUGAGAUCAACUGUAACCCAAGGCAGAUGCGUCCCUUUAACUCACACUCUAAGCAGUGGGGCAAGAAAACUCCAAACUCGCAAGAGCGAGGACUGAAAACAUUUAAUUACACAGUCCAGAUCUGGGAUUAAAGGGGUACACAUUAUAGGGUCACCUACUGAAUUCUAUCAGGACUAGUGCAGAGAAUCCAAUCCAACAAAGUACGGUUAUGGCUUUUCAGUUGGGGAGGUAAUUAAUUUAGUUAUUUGCAAAGUCUUAAACAAUGGACAGGGUUUAUUAUUUUUAGGAUUCAGCCAAUCAGUAUUAACAUCUCCAAAAACCAACAGUUCACUUUUUUGGUUUUGAGCUACAGUUUCACUAGGGAGCUGGGUUAUGUCAGAAAGGGAGUGCACCAGAUAGCUAGGUGGGUGGUAGAUUCCAACAACAGUGAUUGGUUUACUAAACGGGAUCUCGAUUGUACCAGAAAGAGGGUGAAUUUUAUAGUAAUAUAAAAGUAUGGCCAGCAUUAGGUUUUUCAGAAAUUUGAGCUAUAGUAGCUCUUCUGUGUGAUCAGACAAGACAUGCUAGCCUUCGUUCCUCAAGUGCAUCAACGAGCUUUGGGCGUCCAUGAACCUGACCCUGACCCUGGUUCUCCGGUUGUCCUUCAAUGCAUCACUUUUGGUAGGUACUAACCACUGAUUACCAGACUUGCCAUUUGGAGAUGCUCUGACCCAGUCAUCUAAUCUUCACUAUUUGGCCUCAAUGUAUUUACCAUACAGUAUUCAUAAUUAAAAAAAACUUUCACCAUGGCUUCUUCGUAUAAACUCUGGAUCUUGGUUUUCAGCUCACUGUGUAGGUUUUACAUGCCAUUAACACAGAAAUCUUGGUGUAAUGUUGCUACUAAUGUGAAUAUUAGAUCUGUAAAAUUGUCGUACCAUGCUAAUUUACAGUAAACCUAUUUAAAUCACAUUAGACAUUCAGUGCAUACAGUGUUAGGAAACGCAUGCUCUGCAGUGAUGUAUAGGAGUGCUGUGUAUGCCUUCAGCAGUGUGGCUUUUAAUAUGAUUAAAUGGGACUAAGCGACACAGCAACUUUUAUUUUCUGUUUUACAGAAAGACUCAAACAGCAUCCAUUGAGAGACAUCACAAACGAAGCAGUGUGUAGAUUAACCCUCCGUCUUGUGAUAAAUCACCCAAAGGAAUCUCACCAAGGAGAGCUCAGCCAGUAG